ACAUUCCUCGGUGAACACUAAAAGAUCUGCGUUUCUGUCCGGUGUAUUUAGAAUAUAUGCGAUGGUUUUGCCUACAUAGCACAUGCGACGUGUGAGUCACGUGAUUUUACCCGAUCAAUAGAAUUCAAGAGCGCGAGGACGUGAAUAUUAUUACUGCCCGGUGCAUAAAACGAGAGAAAAGCGUUAAUUAUUAAUUAUAAGUUAUGCUAUUUUAAUCAUAAUAUUUUAUCAAAUACUGUUAAAGUAUCACCGCACGAAGCAAGACAACUUAUUUGACUGUUCAAAAAGAACAUCAAGGGCGUUUUUGGCCACUGAAAAGUCCAUUUUGCCUGGGCUUUUCAGACACAGAAGUAAUUAUCAACACCCAUAUAAUGUUCAAGGAAACUAAGGCAUUUAGCCAUUGACUAUUAAACAUCACUAGUACAAUUUAUCAUCAGAUUAUCAUUUAAUCAAAAUAAUUUCUCACAUCUCACCUUUAGGACUACGAAUACACAAAUUGUACGGUACAUUAUCAUAAUAAAAUAUCCAUCCCAGAUGAUAUCCCAUUUCUCCAGUGGAUCUUGCUUCAGCAGACUGCAGCAGCUCAUCAUAACUAUCACUGCGCUGGCUGUGCUGUUUAUGGUCCCUGGUGUGCUUAGGCAGUACUGUUUCUUAUGCUCUUGUCAACACAGCAAGCCUAUAUUUGAACUUAACUGAAUACCGGUUUACCUUGAGUUUUCCUCUUGAAAGAGUCAAGAAGGCUAGACAGGUUUUUAAAAGCGGAACUUUUCAUCCGGGUGCGGGCAACUUCCAGCUUUUUCGUCGCUGUGCUGCAUAUUAAGUUCCGUACUGUUACUCAGUCUUUGGUGUUGAUUUGCCAUAACACCUCCUUUUUCCAUCCGCAGACAGGCCCUCCUCCCUUUUUAGUGCGGAAAUGCUCGGGUUUAUAACCCUGAUUGAUCGGAUCUAACGACGCAAAUGGUUGCUAACUUGCUUCUGACAUACUGACACAAAGAAUUGUUGUUCUGUAAUAUAUCUGAAUUAUCAGCAGGGGGUGAGGUAAAGGGAUAACUGAACUAAGGUUUGCAGGUUUAAAUCAGGCUGUUGUCCAUGCAUACUUCCAUCCAGCAAUUUGUUCAGUACAUGGUCACGGAGAGCGCAUAGGAGCACAGACAGGGGAACACAUGUUUGGUACUUAAUGUGCUAUGAUAGUGUGACUCAUCAGGCAAGCCGCCUUUGCUGUUAAACAACCCAUAUAGAAAUAAACCGUGCCCGAUAUAACGUUCCCCAGGACCACAGUGUUACACGCAGAGAGCAAUCGAGGAAGAAGGAGAUUUACUUUAAUUAUAAAAAAGGUGCGAAACACAGAACCGUGCAAAACAAGAGGGUGGGCUUAACACUGUAAGCCUCAUUCUGUAUUUACCAAUAUUGUGGUGUAAAGAACAGUCAUGUUUUAAGUAUGUGAAUGAAGUUUGCUACCCUAUAAUGGUCAUUUUAAGAUAACUAUAUAUUUUACUACAUAGACGAAGAGUGUAUGAUUGUGUACGGUACAAAUAAAAACUUGAACCACAAGUGGGUGUACUGACGAUCCGUAGCCCGUCUUCCUUUCUGACACCACAAUCCCAGAUCGUCGUAAAACAAUGAAAUCCUUUACCUGGGGCUUCUCAGUUUUAUGGAAACUCUCUCAUGCACUGUAAUAUUGUACACUCACUUCCUUUACACUUGGUCGAGAUAUUCGCAGGCAAACACAGCUGGUUGGCACGCGUCUCCUAUAAAUAGGGUAUAUCCACCUGCCUCACUGUAUCCUGAAAAAUUAACCUGCUCUCAGAAGUCAGCGCCAUGGGUUUAAAAAUAAUAGGCAUUAUCAUUGCAUUCGUGGUAUUUGUGCUUGCCGCUAGAGGACGUUCAGUGAGGGUUCAGGAAAGAGCAUGGAUACAAGAUCCUUCACCAAGCAUUACAGAAGGAGACGUGGAGUGCUUCUCGGAGUACAUGGAGUUGUGGGUCCACAGGAUGAAGAUCGAAGGGCUGCGGCUCUGGCUCUCCGGAGCGCUGAGGAUUCCAGUCAGCCUUGCGUCCCUGGAACAUUUGAACUUCAAGUUAUCUGCCUGCGGAUUCUCGCUGCACAGAGACGCAGACAGGAACUAUGUCUUCAGGGUCCUCUACAGUGGCUGUUUCGUGCAGUUAGAGCAAGGCAACUACAUAAUAUCACUGAAUCUGAUGAAGAGAACGAGCCGAUUUGGAGGCUGGUCUAACGGCUUCGUUAUGAAAUGUCCUCUUGUGACAGCGCCUCCCAGUGGUGAGCACAUUCAUUGCGACCCUGACUUUAUAGAGGUAACGAGACAAGUGCCCACCGACAACUGGAGUAACCAGCUCCCCUGGUCUCUGGCACUGAGAGGCAAGCUGGUGGUAGCUCUGGAAGACGCCAGCCUGAUCAGCCUGAACGUGGAGAUUCACGGUGCCAAUAUCACCGUACAGGGCAGGAGAAGCGAAAUACUGACCGGCGAUACGGAAAUGGAACGAUUGGGGGAAUUCCUGUCUCUCCGGCUGGUCAGCGGUCAUUACUCAUACAGCAUGGAGGCUGUCUGUCCCAGUGUAUCCAGUUCGGCCGAGCACCUGGCUGUGCUGCACAUCCUCAAGCGGCGGAUGGGUCUGGUGAAGCGGGGCUGGUUGGACAGGGAGAGCCUGACGCUGAGCGGCGUGUCCGUCAGCCAGACCGACGCCUUCACCGUGUCCGAGGGAAGCGACUAUGUGCAGCUCACCGUCAACACCUCCCGCAUCACCACAACCAGGAACUGUGCAGGAUCAGUAGGAGGCAGCCUGGUGCAGCCUUUCUUCAGGCUGGACGCUGUAAUAACGUUCAAAGAGACACCGCACAGACUGUAUUGGAGCCUGGAGAACUUUUUACCUUGCAGAGAAUCCGCCUCGUCAUCCGUAUCACUGGCAGAUAGAAAGAUAGAUUCAGUGAGUGACCUGCACACAACCACGCCCUCUGCUGGCAGCACCCCAAAAAUGCCAUCUGCCAGCAGCACAGCUAUGAGCUCCAGCCAGCCGAAUUCGGAGAGUGAAGCCCAAGAGCCCUUAACUAGCAUGGCACCACCUUUAUCUGAACCAGGCAUGAGCACAUCCAAGACACCCGAAAACACCCUGAAUGUGAACUUGGUCACCCCAGAAACCCUUUGGAAUGUGACCCGUCUGUCAUCCGUCUCCGAUGUCCCCGGCACAGCUCCACCUGCUGGCACGCAGAGGUCCCCAGUCGCCACACAGGUCCACCCAAAAACCUUCCUGAAGCUCGAUCCUGAAUUCCUCUUAUCCGGUGGACCCCUGCUUCCUGUUGGAGACCCCCCAGCCACCAGAGGGCACUCUCGGGCAGAGCAGACAGAGCAACCGGCACGCAUCACAACUGGCACCGGCUCGGGGUCAGAGUUCACAGAUGGCUCUGGUGUGACCCCCACAGAGACUCCAGACAGCCUGCUGACUUGGUGGGCCGGGACCAGCGAGCCUAUGGAGGAAGGGGGGUCUUCAGGGAGACACCCAGGCUCAGGACCGGGAAUUAACACUGUGGAGAAGAUAGACGAGUGGCAGCCCUCUGGUGCGCCCUUCACCCGCAGUUCUGUCUCGGGGCCGAGCAGCACAGCAGAGGCCCAGCUGGGUAACAUGUCCUCCACACUGCAGCCCCACAGUCAGCUGCCUCCAAAUUCUGACCUUCUGACUCCAGAAACUGCCUCAGCUGUCACCCUAUCACACCCCCCCUCACCCUCUGCUGCCUCACAGCUCACACCCAGCGAGGUUAUGUCAGCGCCCCCAAACUCUGACGGCCUUCCCGAAGGCACCACGAGGCCCACUGGCGUGUUCCCAGACCCCAUCCCAGAUACGAACAGUUUUGUGGAUUCAGUCAGUCCACUGCGCAGAGGGCUGCAGCGAUCCGACGCCACACUGCUUAAUCCAGCCUCCCAGCCAAACGGAAGUUCAGCUCAUCCCAUCAUGGGGGCCUAAACUGUGUCCACGUUCAUGCUAAGCCCCCCCACAAAAUACAGUCUCCCGUCUCAGACUCUCAGCCGUGUUACAUUCUACUCUAUAUAUGCAACAUUAUUUUUUCACUUAAAUCACAAAGCGCAGCUAUUUAAUUACUCGGAAAGGCUCGCUAAAAGAAGUCUUCCUUUCGGCAGAGCACCAAAACACCUUUUGUCUCUGAAUCCAUUUAACUGACUUUCUGAUCCCUUAAUGAUGUAAUGAGGACUGGUAGGCUGUCUGAGCUCAGCCCUUCAGCAGAGUAAUUGAAUAGCCCUUGUAUAUGGCUUACAGCUUUACCAGUUUGUUUAGUUUUUAUUUAAGUGUUUUACUGACACCAUUGAAGUGACGAUUUUUACAGCAGCCAAACAUUUAAAACUUUAAUGUUCUUGUCACAAGUCCGGGCGUUUAACUACUGUGCUGUCUGCUGUCUCCGUACGUGGGUUUAAACGAGUUAUUCGCAAACAAGCAAAUAAAUAAACAAGCCAUCUUUCAAAAAUGUUACCACA